GUCUUCGGAACUGAUGUGAUGGUGUCCGUAGCCAAGUCUUUUGAGGCGCCUAUCAAAGUGGUCUUUCCUCGAGAUUUUCUUACUAAUGGUAUUUUUGCUAGCGAGAUGGCUAUGCUUGGUUUAGGCGACAUCGUUAUUCCUGGCAUCUUUGUAGCCAUGCUGCUUCGCUUCGACGUGAGUCUACAAAGAAACGGGAGUCGUUUUUAUUUUUACACGGGAUACUUGGCAUAUAUUUUCGGUCUCCUUACUACCUUCAUUGUGAUGCAUAUCUUUAAACAUGCUCAAGUAAGUAUAAGUUACUACUAA